AGGGGGCUGGUCCGGGAGUUUCCUGAUCCUCUCUCUCUACGUCUGACCGGACAGGCGAAAAACACUUCGGGAUUUCCAGAACAAAAGCGACAACGGACAACACGUAGCAGCUGAAGUGGCGUAUCCACACACAACCUUGUGGGAAAUUAUAGCGUUCAGUGGGGACUCCUAGGGUGCCUCUCAAGCAAAGCCAGUGUCACUAGCAGACUCAAAACCACUCGAUUUUGGCCGAGGGGGCCACAAAUGCACACUGUUUUGCUGAGACCUCGCUCUCUUCAGUUGGAGUAAUAGAGUUGUGACAUCUCUGAUGGCAACGAACAGUGACCAUGACUUGAAGGUUAUCUCUCCAAAAGGGGUGCCGUCAAAGAGACAAGAUGGAAACUUACGGCAAAAGUCACCCCACCGCCGCAACUCCACUGGAAAGGAACAUGUGAGCAGGCAGCGAGAGAGCAACAGCAGUGCUUCAGUAAGCUUCAGCACUAAUCAUAACUCUGUAGUAUGUCUUCCUCUGGUAUCUGAAGGACUGAAGCUAGUGUGGACCCAGUCAGAUCAAACACGUGAGCUUGAUACUAUUCCUGAACUGGUGCAGGCCUUCAACGUCUUUCCCUACCCAACAUCUCAAGAGGUCAGCACCCUGGCCCGCAUCUGUGCUCUUCCACUGGAUAAAAUCAAAGUCUGGUUCAUGGUGCAGCGCAUCAAGUAUGGAAUCAGUUGGGCAUCGGAGGACAUAGAAGAGACACGGCUCAAACUGGCCAGGCCUGUGCAUAUAAGUGAGAUGGAACAAAAGGAGAGCAAGACCAAGAGGAAAAAUGGAUUUGAUGAUUUAAUGGAAGCAGAGAGGAAGCAUGAAGAUAACGUAGAAGGCCUAGGGCACACACAUUUGCCUCACAAAAGACAUAAAAAUGAAAGUAAAGAACCAGCAAAGCUCUCUCCAGCUGCUUCACGUUUCCGAUCAUCUCUCCCCCCGCCUCAGGACUCGUACUACUACCGCCAUCCAGUAGAAAUGGCAGAAAUGCCUCAAGCAGCUACAUCACCUACUUCUACGGAGUCUCCUGUUGGAUCUGAGCAGCCUCGGCAUAGCCGCUACAAAAAGUCCAAAGCCCAGUUAGCUGCUUUGCGUAAGAGUUUUCUGCAGGAGAAUUGGCCUGAUGAGACAGAGCUCCAACGCCUUCAAGAGGAGACGGGACUAACUCGUAAUGAUAUUCGAAAAUGGUUUAGUGACAGUCGGUACCAGCUACGAAAUGGUAGGGGGUUAUCAGCCUCAACACCCAUGCCUGCUACUGAAGGAGAAAAAAAUGAAUCUAUGUCCAAUUUAUUAUCUCAGACUGAGGAGAUUCAACCUCUUUCUCUCACCACUAAAAAACUGAAAACUAUGCAGAACACUGAUGGCCAAGGCAGGAAAAAUGCUCGUGCGAAAGGUGCACGAAAAAAUCAGUCAAAAGACACUGAAUUUUUCCAGAAUUUCCUGUCUAACACUCUUGAGGCAUUUGAAGACGGAGCAUCAGGAUUGGAUGAGGAAAAAUGUUUAGGUGAGAUUCAGAUUAAUGAUGACGUUGGAAGUGAACUGGACAGUGAAGGACAUUGUGCACCAGUUGCACCCACUUCCUCCUCUCCAUGCAUCACCCCAUCAAAAAAACACUCAGCCAAGCCACAGUCAUUGAAAUCUGCACGCUCUGUCAAAACAAACACCUUGGCCAACUCCCCACACCUUUCCGACCACUCUUCACCUUCAGUAUUAACAGCUGCUGGGCGACAAAGGAAAACAAAGGAGCAGUUGGCAAUCCUAAAGGAAUACUUCCAGCGCUGCCCGUGGCCAAAGAGUGAGGUGUACACGGAGCUAGUGGAAGUAACAUCUUUGCCUCGUGCUGAUAUUAUCCAGUGGUUUGGGGACACGCGCUAUGCUGUAAAAAAUGGUCAUGUGCGCUGGGUGCACGCUAAUGCACGAGACCAAGUUCUUGCAGAGAUUGUAUUGCAAAGUGAUGGCAGUGGCUCCAGUGGAACCCCAGGAAGUGAAGGAAGCAAAAAACGCAAGUCACAAGGGAACAGUAUACCAAAGACGCAGAAGUCAGCAACAGAUUCUACAGACAUCGGUCCUCUGGAGCUGUAUUAUCGACAGACAGGUCUACUGCAAGAGAAGGACCUUGAUAGUCUUUGCCGAAAGUCAAAAAUGAGCUACCAACAGGUGCGAGAUUGGUUUGCUGCAAAGGACAGUAAUACACUGGACAUAGAGCUCAAUGUUAUUGACUGAUAAUAUAGUGAAAAGCUUGUUUGUACUCGUGUAGUUUGUCUGUUAACCUGCUGUGACUUCUAUAAUCUUCAGGGGUUGGAGAAAAUGCAAAAGACUCUUUUUGAGGCACAGUAUAAAAUUACUACAGUUUCAUGCAAUUCCUUUUCCACUACUAUGUUAAAAAGCAGGCUAAAUUCGAUCUGUUACAAAGGCAGUAUUAAAAAUGCAGAUGUUCUAAAAUGUAUUUUUGUUGAUUACAAACUACUUGACUACAUUCACUACCAAAUAUUGUUCUUGCGCUGUUAGGUGAGUUGUAAACACUGGCUGUUUCUCCACUUCUUAUGUUUUUGUUGUAAUAGUCAAAUCUUCUAGAGCUUUAAUUGCUGCUUCUUAGAACUGACAUAAUGCUCAAACAGGUUAUUUUUCCAGAAACUUUGGUCAGUUCUUCAUUAAAUACUAUAGUUUUAGUUGUUUGGACCACUUACUAAAGAGUAAGCAUUUUUAGUGUUUUAAUCCAUAGGCGAUCCAUGUGGCCCUGUGUAACAACUUCCCUCUCAAACUAAUUAACGUUAUAAAGUUUACAAAAUACUUUUUCCCUCCAAUUAUUUUUCCUAAACAUUCUGCAUUUAAAGUUAGUUUUUAAUGGAUGCAUUUCUUUAAUCUUGCUACUUCAUUGUGAAUAAACAUUUUAUUUGAAAACCUUCCUACUCAACUGCAAAUGUGCUCAGCAUUUAACAAUAAAGGCUAUAGUUUUUUGUAAAACUGUGCGCCAUAUAGUCUGUAAACUUUUAGUUAUAGCGAGGAGAAAUCUGUGCAUUAAAAAUCAUAACAUUCUGUAUUCAGUUACAUACUGUCAGAAUAACCUAUUUUAACAUUAUAAAUGACGUCUUAUUGAAGGGAUAGUUCACCCAAAAAUGAAUAUUGUCAUUUACUCACUCCAUGGAACACAAAUGGAAUGUUAAACAGAAUGUUAGUCUCAGUCACCAUUCAUUUUCAUCUUAAGGAAAAAAUAACUAAUGAAAGUGAAUGGUGACUGAAACUAACAUUCUAUUUAACAUAUCCUUUUGUGCUUCCCAUAAGAAAGUAAUAUGGUUUAAAAGAACACAAGGGUGAGUAAAUUACAGAUUUUUCAUUUUUGGGUGAACUAUUCCUUGAACUGUUAGAAAUGAAUGUGGUAUUAAACUGCUUGGACUUUAAAUCAUUUUCAUAAAUCCAAAGUAUUGAACGAGCUCUGAAGGAUUUCACGUGAUUUGUAGAAUUAUACAAUCUCUUUUGUCUUAGUUUUUUGAUAAAACUCCACUAAUAAAGAAGGGAGCACAAUACAGCCAUCUAAUUAUACAGUGAAUUAAUGUGUUAUUUGUAAAGGCAUGUUCCGCUUCCUCAUUUUUUUUUUCAAAGUGUCUCUCAAGUUCUAGUUUUUCUUUUAAAUAAUACAUUCGAAAAAAUAAACUUUAAUUAGAUCUCAUUUAUUUUGGACAUCCUUUCUGUUGUGCCACAUGAGAGGCUCAAUCAUAAAAAUUUAGAUUUUUUUUUUUAUCACAUUUAAUCUUUUUUCAAUUCCAUUUUGAAGUGAGCCAGAUAAAACCAGGUUACUUGUUAUGCUUGUGUACUUGAAACUCUAGGAAUAGCCUAACUAGCAUCAAAGAGAAUGAGCAAAAGGCAUUAAAGCUAUUGCAUGUGUAAAAAUGUUGGGAAGGGGGAGGACAGCAAAGUAAAUGACAAACAUUUAUGACUCAUAUUGCCUUUAAUUUGCAUCAACUGAUAUAAACAUUUUUCAAAAAGAAUAAAAUAAAAAAUAAUGGCAAUAAAAUUGUACCCAUUUAAAAAAAGAUGCAAUAGC